UUAAUACCUUCUACUUGAAUGAAUCAGAAACUACUGACAUCUUUAGGUUUAAAACGUAUACAAGACAUAUUUUUUGGCUUGUUUAUAAUAAUGAUAUAUACUGGCUGGGGUGGCAACUAAAAUCGUGUUUAUUAUAUGUAAUUCUUUUAAAAAAGAAAUCUAUCGUUGUUACAAAUGGAUAUCGGUGAAUUAUUGUCUUACAAACCACCAAACACACCAAAACGACCAAUAGCAGGGGAAGAAGAUGAUGAGGAUGAGUGGGAAAAUGCUAAGAAACCAAAAAGGGUAAUUAAAACUCCAUAUCAUGCACGUCAAAGACAACCAAGAGAAAUUGAAGUGACUCCAGUUAGAAGCAGUGAACCUCCUACGCCAAUCAGAGCUGCUUUGCCUUCACCAGCAAAUGACGUAGUUGAACCGCAGCUAACAGAGAAAGAAAAGCAAGAUAUUUUAAAAUAUGUAGAAACUGAAGCUCCAGAAAUAGAAGCAUUAGAUGAAGCAACACUAAAGAGAAUGAUUCUUUUAUUUGAAAAAAGAGCCCUUAGAAAUCAAGAAAUGAGAGUGAAAUUUCCUGAUCAACCAGAAAAAUUUAUGGAAUCAGAGGUGGAAUUACACGAAACUCUUCAAGAACUUCAUGUUGUUGCAACUAAUCCAGACCUAUACCCUUUGAUGGUAGAAUUGGGUGCUGUGCCUUCACUGCUUGAAUUAUUAUCUCAUGAAAAUACAGAUAUAGCAGUUGGUGUAGUGGAUCUUUUGCAAGAACUAACAGAUGUGGAUAUUUUGCAUGAAAGCCAAGAAGGUGCUGAUACUUUAAUUGAUGCUUUAUUAGAACAACAGGUUUGUGCUCUUCUUGUACAAAAUUUAGAAAGACUGGAUGAAUCAGUAAAGGAAGAAAGUGAUGGAGUUUAUAAUACUUUAGCUAUUUUUGAAAAUCUUUUAGAAUUUAGGCCAGAAUUAUGUGCAGAUGCAGGAAAGCAAGGAUUAAUGCAAUGGCUCUUAAGAAGAAUUAAAGCAAAAGCACCUUUUGAUGCUAAUAAACUUUAUGCUAGUGAACUUUUAUCCAUUCUUUUACAAAAUACAUCAGAAAACAGACUACUUCUUGGUGAACUUGAUGGAAUUGAUGUAUUACUACAACAACUAGCGUAUUACAAAAGACACGAUCCCCAAACAGCUGAGGAACAAGAAAUGAUGGAAAAUUUAUUUAAUGUACUAUGUUCAAGUUUAAUGGCAACUGUAAACAGAGAUAGGUUUUUAAGGGGUGAGGGAUUACAACUUAUGAAUUUAAUGUUGCGAGAAAAAAAAAUGUCUAGGAAUGGUUCCCUUAAAGUGUUAGACCAUGCAAUGAAUGGUCCAGAUGGAAAAGACAAUUGUAGUAAAUUUGUUGAUAUUCUUGGGUUAAGGACAAUAUUUCCUUUAUUCAUGAAAACACCAACAAAAAAUAGGAAGAGAAUGCUUACUGCAGAAGAACAUGAAGAACAUGUAGUAUCAAUUAUAGCAAGUAUGCUAAGAAAUUGUAAGGGCCAACAACGUCAAAGAUUAUUGAGUAAAUUCACGGAAAAUGAUUAUGAGAAAGUGGAUCGAUUGAUGGAACUCCAUUUCAAAUAUCUUGAGAAAGUGGAGGAAGUUGAAAAGAAUACAAAAGAAGAUGAAGACGAAGAAGAAUCGUACCUGAGAAGAUUGGACGGUGGGUUGUUUAUUUUGCAAUUAGUAGACUACGUUUUAUUAGAAGCAUGUACCGGUUGUCCACCAGCUGUGAAACAAAGAGUAACACGAAUUUUAGCUCAGAGGAGGGCAUCUCUCAAAACUAUAAGGCAUAUUAUGCGAGAAUAUGCUGGAAAUCUUGGUGAUGCUGGCGAUUCGGAAUGGAGGGAGGCAGAACAACAACACAUAUUGCAAUUAAUCGAUAAAUUUUGA